GUGCCCGAGUCGCUGGGCCUCGUGAGCGGCGUCUGCUUCGUCCUCGCCCUCGUCGUCACGCAGAGCUUCCAGAAGGAGCAGUCGCCGGAGUACUCCGCCGCGAUGCUCAGCGUCGUCUUCGCGGUGCUUCUGGGCUUCGCGGACGACGUGCUGGACCUCGAGUGGAAGUACAAGUACGUCCUGCCGCCGCUCAUGUCGCUGCCGCUGCUGAGCGCCUACGGCGGCGGCACGACGGUCGCGCCGCCGCGGGUGCUGCGGGAGCUGCUCGUGCGCGGCGCGGACCUGAGCGCCGCGGGCGCGUUUCUCGACGCGGCGCUCUCGGCGCUCGGCGGCGGCGUCGACGCCGCGGGGCGGGGGCUCGUGGACCUCGGGCUGGCCUACAAGGUCUACAUGGUGCUGCUCGCCGUCUUCUGCACGAACGCGAUCAACAUCUACGCGGGCGUCAACGGGCUCGAGGCGGGCCAGACGUACGCGACGGGCGUCGCGAUCUUGAUCAUGAGCGCCGUCGAGCUCGGGCGCGCCAACGCCAUGGCGCGGCACCAUCUGUUCUCCGUGACGCUCAUGCUGCCGUUCUGCGCGACGACCCUGGCGCUGCUGAAGUCGAACUGGUUCCCCGCGGAGGUCUUCGUCGGCGACACGUUCACGAAUUACGCGGGCAUGACGCUGGCCGUCGUCGCCAUCCUGGGGCACUUUCCCGUCAUGCUCAUGGCGUUGAUGGUGCCGCAGCUGCUCAACUUUCUGAUCAGCGUGCCGCAGCUCUUCAAGCUCCGGCCGUGCCCGAGGCACCGGCUCCCGACGUUCGACGAGGCGACGGGCUACCUGCGCUUCUCG